AUGCCCCCUGAAACCCCGCUCCCACUCCCCCCCUCCUGGCCCGACACGGACACCUACGUAUCCUCCCUUCUCACCUUCGCAACAACCUCCAAUGUCUUUCUCAACUUUUGUGGAGGCAUACAUAUCCUCGAUUUCCUCACCCGCGUGCCAGAUCUCUACACAACCGUCAUACCGCAGGAUUGGAGGGAGUUCUUCGCGCACCAUGACAUCAGUGCGAUAUUGGAUCUGCUCAUGAGAGAGGAUAUACAAUCAUUACGAAGAGAUAUAUGCCGCGACAUCAAUGGGGGAAAAGAGGGUGGUGUUGAGUGGAGGGGUGGCCCGACGCCCCCUCAAAGUCUGCUGGAAUAUAUCCAAGAUAUAAGACGACAUUGUCUGCGGCGGGAGUUCACGCCUAGAACUAAUGAUGCCGAGCAGAACGGGCAUCGCAAUGGAAAUUCCAAUGCUAAAAGUUGUAGCAAUGUUAUCCCCCGCCAUAUUGCCAUUGGCAUGAAACCCAAAAAGGCGCAUGAAGUCGCCCAUUUCGCUAGAUAUGUCGAUGCCCUCACUGAUCAUAUUGAGCAUCAAAAAGGUGAUGGAGAGCGGAUUACGCAUAUUGUUGACUUUGGUUCUGGGCAGAAUUACCUUGGCCGGACGCUGGCUAGCCAACCGUAUAAUAGACGGAUUAUUGCCAUUGAGCGAAGGCGGAAUAAUAUUAGUGGUGCGAUGGGGAAAGAUGUAUUGGCAAAGCUGAAGAAGAAGGAGAGGGCCGUGAGGGACCAGAAAGGGGAUAAGGAGAGCGUCAAUGGGGGUGUCCCUGGGGACGUUACGGGUAAAGCGGAUUCUGAUUCUGCGGUGCCAACUCCGCAGAAUGGCAAGGUUAAGAUAUAUCGGGAAGAUAGGGAGGAUUUGACAACGCUGGUUCAUGCUGAAGUUGGGAUUAAAUCAAAUGCUGGGAAAUGCCCUGGAUGUUCAGAUGGUUGUACGACAGAACAGAACGAGGAGGACAUCUGUUCCAAGGGAUCCAUGGAUUACAUCGAACAUGACAUCAAAGACGGGUAUCUUGAACGUAUCAUUAAACACGUCGUGGAGGCACCAUCUCCCGCGCCUCCGAACCACCAGUGUACAUGUACAUCUACAUGUCCCAAGCACACACCAGCAACCUUCCAAACAUCCAAAUCUCCACCCCAAGCACGUGUCAUGGUCAUCUCCCUCCACUCCUGCGGCAAUCUCGUGCACCACGGCAUUCGCUCACUCCUCCUCAACCCCUCCGUCACUGCUAUUGCCAUGAUCGGCUGCUGCUACAACCUCAUGACUGAACGCCUCGGCCCAGUAACCUACAAACUUCCCGUUCUCCGCUCUCUCCACCCACGUCUCGAAGCCACCUCCAAAGCCUACGACCCACACGGUUUUCCAAUGAGCAAAUACUUAGAAACCUACACCCACGAGGGCGGCACGGGCAUCAAGCUCAACAUCACUGCACGCAUGAUGGCGGUUCAGGCACCGUAUAAUUGGGGCCCGGAGGAUAGCCAGAAUUUCUUCACCAGACACUACUACCGCGCCUUGCUGCAGCGGGUUCUGGUAGACUAUGGUGUUGUGCCGGCACCUGGUCCCGGGUCGCCGGUUGGUGACGUGUCAACGGAGUUUGGGAUGAAGGCGGAGGUUAGUGGGACGCCACUGAUUGUCGGAUCGAUGCGUAAGGCUGCCUUCACCUCGUUCAUUGCAUAUGCGAGCGCGGCUAUUGCGAAAUUAUCCCGCGAUCCGCACUAUGGAGCGGCGAUUAGGGAGAAGGUGGCUGGGUUGUCUGCGGAGGAGUUAGCGAGUUAUGAGGAGCGGUAUGCGGUGUAUAGAAAGAAUCUGAGCAUUGUGUGGAGUCUUAUGGCGUUUAGUGCUGGGGUUGUGGAGUCUCUGAUUGUGGUGGAUCGAUGGCUGUUUCUGCGCGAGCAGGAAGGGGUUAAGGAGGCGUGGGUGGAGACGGUGUUUGAGUAUCAGCAGAGUCCGAGGAAUUUAGUUGUUGUAGGGGUUAAAGCGUGA